UAUAUAUUUCUUUAGUAUCAAAAAAAUAGGUUAUGUAAAUAUUACAUAUAUAGUUGCAUUAAAAUUGAUAUUAGUAAAUAAAAUUUGAGUCACACUUAUAUAUUUCUUCAUGCUGGAUAUUAAUAUCGCUUAACAAAAUGUCUAAAUCAGUAUCUAGACUGAAAUCAAUGAAGAAAGUAGCUGAUAAAAUUGAUCAUUCUUCAAAGUUGAGGACCAAUAUUCCAGCUGGUAUGGCAGCUGCUGGUCCGCCUUUGGGCCCUAUGCUUGGACAACGUAAUAUUAACAUAGCAGCAUUUUGUAAAGAUUUUAAUGAACGGACAGCAAGUAUAAAGCAAGGGAUACCUUUACCAACAAGAGUAAAAAUGAACUCUGACCGUUCAUAUCAACUUGUUAUUCAUCAACCACCUGCAUCAUACUUUUUAAUGCAAGCUGCAGGAAUGAACCGUGGUGCUAUGGAACCUGUUAAAGAAACAUCUGGAAAAAUAACACUCAAACAUCUGUAUGAAAUAGCUAAAAUCAAAUCUCAGGACCCAACACUCGAAUGGAGACCACUAAAGGAAAUCUGCACAAUGUUGGUGGCCACAGCUAGGACUUGUGGUAUUGAAAUUGUAAAGGAGUUAGAUGCAAAGGAAUAUGGAGAAUUCCUUGAAGAAAGAAAGAAGGUAAUAGAAGAACAGAAAAAAAUGCUUCAAGAAAAACGAGAGGCCAAAAUGUUACGAACUGCUUAGAUUAGUAAAAUAUUGUUGUUGUAGAUAAUUAGUAUAAAAUAUAUAUCAUAAGAACUGGAGCUCACCGACAGAAUGGCGCAGCAGGCGACAAAUUAAUAUGGAGUGCUUAGUAACUUUCUUAAAUGCUGUCAAAUUUGAAAUCCAAAUGGCAGUAUAACCAUUGUCAUAUGUAAAUACCUUACAAGGUUUUAUGUGGUGGAAUUAAGCUAUUUAAGUUUUAUAUAAUAAAAAAGGAACAAUAAUUCGUAGAAGCCUCCACUGCAGCACUCAAUUAGCUUCACCUGUGUCCAUGCUUCUAUGUUUUGUCGACGAGCGACAGCUUUGUUUAUACGAAUGUGAUUUAUUGUUAUACAUAUUAGAACUACAUUGCAAAAAAGAUGAUAUGACAAAAAAGAGUCAAUAAAGAGAAGUCUGAGAAGACAGAUCAACGGAAGAGAAAAAUAUUACGCGGACCCCAAAUCAUAUGACAUAAGAAUUAGAACUCUAAUAAAACCAAGGUAUAGGUGGCAUAGAUAAAAUAAAAAUUUACAUUCAGAAAAUAUAGAUUUAUUCUUAUACAAUGAUAUGAUACGUACCUAUCUUAUAUUUUAAUAUGUGUGGACAAAGAUAACAAGUUUUAAUGUCAUUUUUAACUUGUGCAUACACAUCCAUUAAAUAAUAAAAAGUAGGGAAGAAUUUUUUAAAUAAUAACAUAAGUACAUCUAAUUAUUUUAGCAUCUUGUAAAUAUAUUCUAUGUCAAAAUGAGACUGGCAUUUGUACUAGAAGGUACAUUUAUUUUUAGCACAUGCAGCUGCUAAUUAAGUUACAUAUUUUUUUACAUAGCUUUCUGGGUAAUAUGCUAUGAAUCUUUAGGAUGAUGAAUUGUUAUUUACAAACAGUCUAAAUUUACUUAUUCUGGGACUAAGACAACAAAAUCCUUACGACCUAACAAUCAUUCAAAACCAAUAUGAAUGUCCAAUCGCGUUUGCAUUUUUACUACGAUAUUAGCAAGAAACGAAAAUAUUUAUUUAAAGAGCACCUAUCUUAUGGCUACAAAUUCCACUAUUUCUACUAAGUAACAAAAAUAAAAAUUGAAACAACCACUAAUAAAUAUCACAUAUGACAGUCUUGACAUUAUAAACCUUAAUAGGAUACAACCAAUAUAAUAAUAUAGAAAUAUAGUGUAGAAUCUCUCUAUGUACUCUAAUUUUAUCACUGCAAGUAUAAAG